GUGACGGAAAAGACUAACACAUCGGAUCUGGAUGCUCAAUUAAUGAUAAUCAAUGGCAUUUAAAAAUGAUUUAAAUUUCUCUUAGCUCUAAAAGAAGCAAGUUUUUGUCUGAUAAUUUAAUAAUCGUCUUUACUAAAAAAUGGAUUUCUUCCAGAUAUUGUCCGACAGUAAAAUCAGGAUCUCCAACGACAAGAUGGUGGCGAAAACAAGUGUAGCUAUAUUUUGCUUCAUAGUAUUUCACUGCGCAUAUCAGUCACAUUGCUUUAUGAACAUCGAAGAGCUGCAGUCAACAAAUUAUGGUAUAGACAUUGUCAGCGAUCCUAUCGCAAUAUCACAGGCAGUUCCGGAAAGUGCCAUAGUUGUAACGUCUCGCCAUGGGCAGCAGUAUCAGUGCACAUACCCGAGUACUGUGGAGCAGGAGAAACAAAAGGAAGAAAAAGAGAAAGAAGCACUUGAAAAGGGUGUGAUACAACUCCUGAACCCAAUUGGAAUAGGUCCCUGUCUAAUUAAGACAAAAGAUUGGUGGAGUUAUGAACUCUGCUAUGGAAAAUACAUCAGACAGUACCAUUUAGAAGAUGGAAAAAUCAAAGGAAACAUCAUUUACCUAGGACUUUAUGAAUCCGAAUUCGACUGGAGCAAUGAAACACUCAAGGAGACCCGAAUCCGUAGUAAGACACCAGCUGGUAGGUAUCACAGUCAGUAUUAUACCAAUGGUACCAAGUGUGACUUGACUGGCAUGGGCCGCCAAACAGAAGUCAGGUACCUAUGUAAGGAAGCAUCAGAGGACUACAUUGCAAGAGUAGAUGAGCCAGAAACCUGUGUGUACAUCCUGACUGUCUACACCUCUCGCCUUUGUAGCCAUCCAGAUUUAAAAGCCCCUACACUAACUCAACCUAUUCCCAUCACCUGUGCACCUCUUCUGUCUCAAGAUGAAUACCUUCACUACAAACACCAUAUGGAAGUGCUGAGACAAGAAGAAGAAGCAGCCAGAGCCAAAGCAAAAGCUAUUGUAGAACAGCUUGAGAAGAGUCAAGCUGAAGAGGAAGCCACAAAGGAAAAUGCUGCAAUGGAAAGUGGACUGGCCUCAUCAUUAAAUUCCAUUUUGAAGAAAACUUUGAGCAAAGAAAUAAAAGAGGGAUCUGCUGAACCAUCAGAAACUAAAACUGACAAUAGCAGUCCCCUCACAUGGAAAGCGAUAAAAGAUAUUGAUGAAUUGGAAAAACUUCUGGUUGAUCCACAAGGCAUUCUUCAUAACAUGGACAUGAACUCUAAAAACAAGGAAAAGCCUGUGAAGGUCAACACUGAAGCAGAUCCCAAAAAGGAAGACACUGGCAAGACAGAGACAGCAAAGAGUGGCUCUGAGAGACAGGACAGUGGUGAAGAGCCUGUGAAACAAGACAAAGAGGAAGAGAUGAAGACUGCAGAACAGCAGACCAAGGAAGAGGGAGAGGAAACAGAUAUGGAAAUGGAAGAGUUUGAAAGAGAAUUGGAAAAGUUAAGAAAGAGGCAGAUUAAAUCCCAUAAGCGACUUGGCUCCAUCAAAGAAAGAGUAAGGGCAGCUGUCGUUUCACAAUUCAAGGACAUUAUUCAAGAGGCAGAAGAAGAAGUUGGAGUUCUAGCCAACAAAGAGACAGCUUUACAGCAACUGGCCAGCAGUCUUAAUCAACUGAUGCAAAAGCUGGAGGAGACAGAAGAAGAAAUCUCAGAAAUGGACGAAGAGAUAAAUGACAUGGCUACCUCCAAAGAAAGUAAGAAAGAGAGCACUGACUCAGCAACUACAACAAACGUAGAAGAUGAUAAGGAAGAGGAAGAGCAAAUAGCAUCAGAAGAUAGUGCGCACAGUAGAGUUCAAGCUCCUCCUGCUAUCAAACAAGAAGAUUCUAGUAGUGCACCAGCAGAAAAGGAAGACACAGAUGGCAGAUGGAAAUUUCGGGUCAGAACCAUCAAACAGAACGAGGUGAAUGCAGAUGCCAAACUCUUGCCCAAACAACAGAAAAAGAUGCUGGAAAGCAGCGUUAAAGAUGGUCUAGAGAAGGCAGGAGUGGACACAGGCAAUCUCAAGGUGCAUGUAAAGAUUAUUACCUCUGGCCACAUCCUUGGAGAUGAUAACGAAGAACCCAUUCAUGUUUUAUCAGAGGAAGACAGUGCUUCUUUCCAGAAUAUGAUUGUUGCCAUACUGGGAGGAAAUAAUGAGGCAGAAAAAGAAUAUGAGAAGCAUUCCCAGCUUGAGAACAAUUACAAUUUUGUCUACAACAAGCAGUCAUCUAUGGCACUCACCCAAACAGCCUCCGAACAGCCUAUCACCAAUGAUGAUAAUGAUGAUAGCAGCAGCAGCCAGUCAAGAUCACCAUCCACACCAUCAGAAACAGCUCCAGGACUUUAGAGCUGAGUAUUGGGAAAUGCAGGUGUGAUAAAGCCACUGAUGUUUCAACACCAGGUUUAAUGUCAUCGAGGUGGUGUACCAUAUGGUGUGAUACCAGAUGCUUGUAUGCAUUUGAGGUGUUGAUAAGUUCAUCUUCAAUCAAAGCAUCCACGUGAUAUUCAUUGUUCUUGUUUCUCAAAAAACUGCUUGGCCGUAUAACCUAUUAUGUUAAAAAGGGGGUAUUUAUUUAUGUCUUAAAAAAAACUUUUUGUGUUUAUGUUUCCAAACUGCCUGGCAUGAACCUCAAGCUUUACUUGGGUUUGGAAUUUUAUUUGAAGAGGAUUAAUCCUAAGCUUCACUUGGGGUAAAUAAUUUGACCCCAGAUACAGUGUUAAGCAUCACUUAAUUGAGAAUCACUUGGGGUUAACUGUUUUUAUGUGAAAGUCUGAGCCCAAGUAAAACUCAGGGUUAACACCAGUGUAGUUGAGGGAUAUGACAGCAUCAAAAUUUCCUGUCCUAAUUUUUGUUCUUUUUCCUGGGAAUGGAAAGAUGGCACUCUUUAGCAGGAGUUAAAAAAAAAAACAAUCAAAAGCUUGGAAUUCCACAUUAAAAGUUUCCUUGUAGUUUCUAUAUAGACUAUUUCAAGACAAAUGCCUUAAUAGAUCAGAGGAGGGAAAGAAAAUCAAGAAGCUUUCUCUAGAUUAGAAACUGAUGCUGAUUGUAAAAAUUUGUGUAUGUCUUGUAUUGAAGACAUGAUCUGUUAAGUAAAUGAUUAUGCUGUCACUUAAUACAAUCUCUAACAUAAUUGGUUUAUUGGUUUUGUCUGUUCCUGUGGUGAUUUAUGAAGCUGAGUUUAUAAGUUUUACUAAUCUGAGAAAAACUUGGAUCAUUUACUAUGUUGCAAAAUUAAUGUGAAAGGUUAGAUCAGCAGAGUUGCCCAUUUUCUUAAGUAGGUACUGGUCAUUUGGCUUGAAUUUGGCUAGCUGCUGGAUUUUUUUAACUCAUGAGUGUAUCAACGCAACUGAGCUAUAGCUAUGAAGAUGUUUACAUUUGCAAGUGCAAACUAUAUGGGAAGAGUUGAGGUCAUGCGUAACACUCACAUACUUUUAAUGGUGUUUUUAUAUCUGAUGUGUUCCCUGUGGAUGUCAUUGGCAUAAUAUAGAAGUUUAUUUCACAGUGAUCUUUAA